UGUUUUGCAAUGGCGGCGAAAUGUUGAUACUCGGAAACUCAUAGCGCACCGUGAUUUACUGGCUAAAAAAACAACAAAUCUGGAGUUGUGCAAAAAUGGCAGCAUCGGGGCCAUAUAGAUUAGACUUGGAACAACAAAAGAGGAAUGUUUUCGUGACACAAUUAAAUGACAGAGAUGAUGAAGAUGAGAUUUCUGCAUUCCCUGUGGUCAAGGAAUCCGGGGACAAACUUAUCGAGACUGGUAUCAACACUUUGCAGAAAACCCUUCUCCUCAAGAAAGAUGUGGAGGUAGAGAAGGUCCAGGCCGAUCUUGAAGAGAAGCGGUAUGAGUUCAAGAAACGGAUGGAAGCCUGCUCACAGAGACAGAUACAUGUCCAGAAAAAACAACAACAGAUGAAAGACAGAGUUUCUAAAUUCGAAAAGUUUAUCCAAGAAAAUGAAGCCAAAAGAAGAAGAGCAUUACAAAAAUAUCAGCAGGAAGUCCGGUUACGAAUACAGAAGACGUCAGAAUUUGACCUGCUUCUAAAGCAGUUGGAAGACCUGAAAGCAAGACACCGUUUCUUGAAGGAACAGUUAGUCCAGUACAAGAAGUAUGAGGAGUACCUGUUGAGAGUCAUCGAUGCCAUGCCAGAGGACUAUCUGCCCUCGUCGGAGGACAAGCUGAAGGGGCUGAUGAUGAGGCACCGGACGCUGAGCGAGUCAAACAAGGACCUGGUCAACAAUCUGGUGGCCAUGGAGGACGAGCUAGAGCAUCUGAAGCUGAAGCUGGACGAGAUGUCCCAGGACCACAACAAGCAGAAGGUGUCCAUCAACUCCCAGCUGGCCCGGCUCCAGGAGAACCAGGAGACCAAGACCGACUCCAACCAGGAGAAGGAGCUCAACUUCGCCCUCACCAAGGGGGACCUCAGGAAGAGGAGAACAGAGUAUGGUGUAAUUCUCAUGGCCAUCGAUAACAUAUAUGAAAAAUGUCGAAAAGUCAUAGAACUCCCGGCAGAGAAAAUGGAAUUAGACGACAAACUACACAGAAUCAAAGAUCACCUGAACGACCGACAAGACGUGGCCCGCAUGGCACACCCUGACAGUUCUUUUGUUGGAAGCCAAGCAGUCGAGUCACACAAGGAGUCCAGGAAGGGGAAGAAGCGAGUCACAUUAGUCAUUAAUGAAGCCUCCUAACUUCCAGCAUGUGGCCUACAGUGUUAUUCGAGUACCCUGUGUAUUCUGCCUAGAGUGUGAGCAUCCCUGCAGCAGUGUGGACCAGUGUGCUAGGACGUGUGUAUCCUGAAAAGAGAGUGUACUAUGUUUUUGGUUUGCAAGAAGUCUUAGCUAUGACUGGUAAUAUAUUACCCAUUGCCAUAUUAACAACAAAAAUGAAGAAAAAUGUUACAACGCUUCAGUGUAACAUAGUCAAAGUCAACCUAUAUUUGUCUUUAAUUAGUGACAUGAUGAAGAGGCCGUGGGGUAGCCUAGCGGUUAAAGCGCUCGCUGUUCACGCCGAAUGCCCGGGUUCGAUUCCCCACAUGGGUACAAUGUGUGAAGCCCAUUUCUGGUGUCCUCUGCCGUGAUAUUGCUGGAGUGUUGCUAAAAGCGGCGUAAAACCAUAUUCACUCACCCACUCACUCGUGAAAUGAACAAUUGAUGAUGAACUAAUUUAGUGCAGCAGUCAUGUCAUACUGAUCCUAACGAGGUCAUGACUUGGAGAUGACAUGCAUGGGUUUUCACAAGAUUGUGACAAACGUAAAGUUAUGAUGGUUUGUUAGGCCAGUAUUUUGACCUGCCAAGGCUGGUCAGUUUCCUCCUUCUUGAAUUAAAUAGAAAGAUGUCAGCAAUUUAUGGUAUAGGUUUUUCAUGACUAAUUUGAAGCUCCAUCCCAGAAUGUUCCAGCAUAUAAGAAAUCAGUGCCAUGUUAUCUAAGUUGUGUUUACAUUCAGAGAUAAGUCUUUCAGAAAGAAGCACUCUGUUCUGGAGUUAUUUUCCCAUUGUGUUAUAGGGUAGGCAUUUGUAAAUACCAUAUCAUUGUUGUGUACAUAUAUCUAGUUAAAUUGUAGUCUGUUUGUAGUGAUGAUCUGUGUUAUUGACAAUUUAUGUCAAAGUCAUUUACAUGACAUAUAUUUAUAUGAAAGUAUCUACCAUGAUGAAUAUUUUCUACAUUUAUUGAUGACUCAAUAUUAAACAUCCUUUAUUCCCACAUGUCA